CCAGCCUCACUCUGGUGCGGGAUAAACAAGAUGGCGACGUGAAGGUGGGAGGGCGCACAAGGAUGGCUGUGGAUAAAUCUCUUCCAGUCGAGGUUUCCCCUCCUCAGGAGCGCGAAAUCAUGGAUCACAUGGGACAUAUGGACGAGAUGCAAUUUAUCAACGAUGAAGAAACCGGGAUACCCUUUUUUCAUCGCGUGGACUCGGCAGAUUUGGUCUUGUACGCGCCGCGAAAAAAGCGAGCGAAAAUGAUAGGGAAGUAUCUGAUGGGAGACUUACUGGGGGAGGGGUCUUACGGAAAAGUAAAAGAAAUGUUGGAUUCAGAGAAUCUGUGUCGAAGGGCCGUAAAGAUCCUGAAGAAGAAGAAGCUGAGGAAGAUUCCAAACGGUGAACAGAAUGUUAAAAGAGAAAUCCAGCUGUUGCGGAAGCUGAGACAUAAGAACAUCAUCCAUUUGGUCGACGUCCUCUACAAUGAGGAGAAACAGAAGAUGUACCUAGUGAUGGAGUAUUGUGUCGGAGGCCUUCAAGAGAUGUUAGAGAGUGCACCAGGCAAAAAGUUCCCCAUCUGGCAAGCCCAUGGGUACUUUUGCCAGUUGAUGGAAGGCUUGUGCUACCUGCACAGUCAGGGAAUCAUCCACAAGGACAUCAAACCUGGGAACCUGCUCCUCGCUACUGAUGGGACACUCAAGAUCACUGACCUAGGGGUCGCAGAGCAACUGGACCUGUACAUCCCCGGAGAUGUUUGUCGGACGAGCCAAGGUUCCCCUGCCUUCCAACCACCAGAGAUCGCGCUGGGACUGGAGACGUUUCUAGGGUUUAAGGUGGACAUUUGGUCUGCUGGGGUGACAUUGUACAACAUGACAACAGGGAAGUAUCCAUUUGAAGGAGACAACAUCUACAAGCUGUUUGAGAAUAUAGGUCGGGGGGAGUACACAAUACCUGAGGAAUGUGGUCCACUAUUAACAGACUUACUUAGAGGAAUGCUGCAACAUGAACCAGAGCAGAGGUUUACCUUACAACAGUGUAGAAUACAUGAUUGGUGUAGAAAGAAACAUCCCCGGACGGAACCUGCUACCCCCCUCCCCCCACUACCAGACACAGAGGACCCCACCCGCAGCAUGACUGUUGUGCCAUAUUUGGAGGAUCUCCAUGGAGACCAAGACUAUGAGGAUGAAGAAGAGGAGGAGGAGAGGGCGAUACAGGAGAUGGUGCAGUCAGGCUAUGGCAGGAGAGGGGAAGCUUGCCAGGAGGACCCUCCCCUGGAGCCAGACGACAAGUCCAGCACAUCCAUACAGCACGGGCCAGCCACAACAGCCAGUACAUCCUCCAUAGGAAGCAAGUCUCGCUUCAGCAAGGUUCGCAAAAUCAGCUCCUGCAAACAACAAUGACACAGGCACCUGUGUUGGGGGGACCCUGGGCAGCCUACAUAUCCACCUUCAGUUGUUUUCUCCUAAUGCAGAGGUGUGGGUGCUGCAAACCAACCUCUAAUGAAACCCAGCCUUUUGCUGACAGUGAACUCAACAUGACAUAACCUCAUCACUGGCAAGUUGAUCUACCCUGCACAGCCAGGUUCUGUUAGGGCAGUCUAAAUAAAACCUCCAGCUAGGUGCUGGCAAACUGGACUCUGAUGACACACAACCUACUACUUAUCAGCUGACCUUUGGCCUGACACAACCUAUUUUGAAAAGGGUGACCUCUGACCUUACAAAACAUACUGCAAGCAAGAUGCCCUCUGACCCAGUACAGCCUACUGCUGACCAUCCAACACAACCCAUGCUGGUCAAGACGACUCAACACAACUCAGUGCGGACAUUCAUACCUCUAUUGUUAAUUCACUUUUAUCUGUGUGGUAGCCUAUAUCCGUUAUUUUUAAAAACAGGGUGUUUAGGGAUGUCAAGUCGACAGACGGUGGUUUCAAACUAAAAUGUUUCCGAAAUACUGCAACUUGAAACUACCGUCCGUCAACUUGAAAUCCCUAAAUACCGAGUUUUAAAAAACAACGGAUUUAGGUUACCGCACGGAUAAAGGUGUACUUGUUCUAAGUUUUACCCCAACACAACUUGGUGCUGACAAGUUAACAUAAUACCCAGUACAACCCACUGUAACCGUUACAUUGUCAGUAAAAUGAACUAUGACGACUCGACAGUGAGGUGGACCUUGCACUGUAAACAGAUUGAACUUUAACCCUAAACCGUUGGUCUGAGUUGUGCCUGAACUCUGACCAGACGUUCAGGGAGGCUUAUUCAUCUUUCACUCUGGACAGAUAAUGUUAACCUGACAUUUUGACAUCAGACCCACUCCAGAACAUUGAAAUGAAGAACCAGACAGUCUGGUAAAAGUUGUAAAGAUUUAACCUUCCAACUUCAGUGGUUGCCUUUUCCCACCAAAGGUCUAGGUUACGCAGCAGGAACAGGGGUGCCUAAGCAUGUGCACAAAUUUUAUCAAUUUUGGAAUUUUAGGAAUUCUAUGAAAAAUGCAGGAAUCACAUGAAAAACAUAUAAAUUUUAUGCAAAACACAUGAAUCACUAUGUGAAAAUGCAUGUAUCUUAUGGGAUACGCUGUCUUUUUAUGAAAACGGGCCAACCACUGCCUGCAAGCUAAACGGGAUACAUGUACAUGUAUUGAAGAUCGCGAGUGUGAGCUGUGGUGACUAGAAACUAUGGUGAGGCACUGGCUAUUAGAUUAGAUUAAUUUACAGGCUAUUAGAUAUGUGUUUGUUACGGUUUAUGCCCAUUCAAUGCUUGAAACAAUCAAAAAGACACCUUCUCCCAAUGUAGUGGUUGGCCAGUAUACAUAAAAAGACUGCGUAUCUCAUAGGAUUCCUGUUUUGUGUGUAUCCCGUAAGAUCCGUUAUGUUUUAGCACAGUGGUUCGAGCAUUUUUGAUAAGAUUUGUACAAAUCCUGAGGCACCCUGAGGAAAAGGGUUUAUUGAACAGUAAAAAUUACAUCAACACGUAGAAGUCUUCAACGGCAGUAGCUCAUAGUAUUCUGUGUUUGGUCUGUGGGCCAUGCUGUCCUUUUGUUGAUACAUAUUCUAAAAAAGUUGGUUAUACAAGUAACAACAUUCUAUCUCUUUGUUCAGCUUGUUGUUAUCUCCGUAUUAUAUCACAACAUUUGAGCAAGAUUCCUAAAGUUGGUAUCUCACUGCACUUGGGGUACUUGUGUGGCACUGGGGGGUUUGUUCACUGCAGCACUGUUGUGUUAUUUUUGCCAUUUUUUUAAUAAUUUAGAUAUUGCUUAAUACGUAAAAGUAUGACUUAGAAGAUGAUGAAAUACACGAAAAGUAAGAAAAUUUGUUGAACCCCACAGUACCACACCGAUGCCCCAAGUGCAGUAAGAUACCACCUUUACAUAGAGCAGACAUAUGUUCUUAUUGUAUCCAGGUUAUUUGUAGACUUCUGUCCUACAGCAAUGUACAUGUAUGUGUAUGCUGCCCAGUGUUUUCCUGUAACAAGGUAUAUAUAAUAUAGCUGUUUUGAAGAAAGCAAAAACAGCAUUACCUAGUCUAGGUCAACGUGGUGAAUAAGAGUUAAACACAUGUGAAAGCUUCCACCACAAUUUGGAUACCAUAUAACUACUGGACCCAAAAGAUUCACACUUUUAUACAGCUUGUAGUUAAACUGAGUAUAUGAAGUACACAAAAGACUGUCUUGUAUGUAUGAUAAUGCAAAUUUAUCUAUGGAAUAUACAUAGCAUGUACGAAUAUGUAUUAUACACUUCAGAGUGGAGAAACUAUAGAGCAGCUACUUGUACUGAAUGUCUUGCCUGCGACUGUGGAAGAUGUACAUGUACAUGUAUACUUCACCGUUUAUACAUAGAUUAUGCUGUAUAUAGAGCUUUCAGUAAACAAGAAAUGAUGCUAUACAAACUGCCAA